AUGACUGGGCCUUCAGAACUGUCCUCCGAAUGGGCCUCCCAGAUCCAGGCGCAACGGUUGCAGGAACUAUGUUACGACGUGCUCUCGCGGGGGUCUCUUGAGCAGCGCGUCGACGUACUUGGGCGGUUACAAUCCGACUCGGAGGCUCUCCUCAACGUCGUGUACGAGCUACGGAGGCUCGCCAACGCAUGCACGCCGGUGUGCUCUCUCCCACUCGAAAUCUUCAACAUGAUUCUCGACUUCGUCAUCGGGGACAGCCCCUCAUGGGAACUGUCUGGUGGCGUCGACUGUUACGAGGAAGGAGGGUCCCUUGGAUGGCUUUCUUUCAGCCAUGUAUGCACGCAUUGGCGGGCAGUCUGCUUUCGCAUGCGCGGGAUUGACCCGCGAAGCGGAUAUGACACUACUACUGCAACCAUGAGACUCGAAUCCUGGCACGAAGAUAGCGAAUCCGAGCUCGAAGAUAGCGAAUCCGGGCACGAAGAUAGUACCCUGAAAAAAUGGUUCCUUCCAUUUCCGCCACACCUUUCAUGCCUCGGUUCCUUGGUCUUUGCGCAGCUUUCAGGUCUAUUAAUCUCGGAGAUCUUCAACAUACUCAAACACGCCCCUCUCCUUGAACACGUCUCAUUCUACCUAUGCAAGUGGAAUACGGACGAUCUCUGCUUUGGCAGGGAGAUCGAGAGCCGUAUUCAAUUGCCCAAACUGCAGGAAUUCCAAUGCGAACGAUGCGACGACAGUGAUACCGACAACAUGAUUGUCAUCUGGUUCCUUGAAUCGCUGCAUUUUCCGCAUAAUACACGCCUUAUGCUCUCCCACGCCUUCAACGAUGACGAUCGUGACCAAGGCUAUUGUGAUAUGUCUCAAAUCAUCACCCUUGCUUGUGAUGGAGUAUUCACAAGUGAAGACUCGCUCGUUUGGGGAUUCGCAGAGGGCGCUCUUUCAGCCGGUAAUCUCCUGCUAGAUGGACUAGAUGGAGACUCCGACUUGGACUGGGAGCAAUUCAACUGGAGGAUCAAGAUAGCGAUUCCCGACGGACAUGUCGAUCUGAAGGCGCUCCAGUGUAUCGAAAAACAUGACCCGGGCACCGUCCUCGCUCGAACCAUCGCGCUUUCUUUCGCUGAGUAUAGCGACAUUUCUCUGUCCAGUCAUACUAUGGAUGAACUCAGUUGGGUUCUUCCCAAUAUUCGUAUUAUAUAUGUCGAUUAUCCUGAUCAUGGGACGCUCUGGAUGAACGGUGUUCUUAGUCGGCUGGCUUCAGAGCUGUCCGACCAAACCAUUAUCUUCCCGCAUCUUGAACGGUUAUGGAUCGAGCUUAAUACCGCACCCUUCGAGAAUGCCGAUGCAGCUUCCGCGUAUCUGACUUCCCUUCUUGGUGACAUAGCGGGCGUACUCCGACGCCGCGCCUCUCAUCCCGCCAACAAACUGCACACCGUGCUUUUCAAUGCAGCUGAACCAUCUCCGAACACGCCCGAAGGGGUGCACGCCGCGACGAUCAAGAGCAUCGUCCCGAACGUUGUCUGGCUGCAAGAUGAUGAGUCUGAUUAUGAUGAGUCUGAUUCGUCAGCUGAAUCUACGUCCGAGUCAGAAUGA